CACUGCAGCACGAGCCACUUCCUCCACGCGAGUUCAGCUCAAAAAUAAACGUGACAGGAGCAUUUAAGUAUUAUUUUCUUGAUAAAUAUAUGUUUCUAAUUACAUAUAUCCCCUCUGUGAUACAUACGGACAUGUUACGGUGAAGAUGGGCGAACAAAAUGCUCAACUGUUCGUAAAGGCUCAGCUCCUGAUUAGUGAAGAAAGACUUUAAAAUGGAAUCGUUGGAGCACAGACUCUCCUCUCUGUCCAUCUCCGGCCGCUCAGCUCCAUCUGACCCCGUCUACCUGCUGGACCUCUCUCUAGCGCCCCCUCCCGGUGACGCUGUGGUCGUGUCCUGCUCCGAUUUCGCUCUUCACCUCCACAACAAGCAAACUCUAUGCCUUCUACAGAGCUACAGUGGCCACAAAAGUCCAAUUUCAAACGUUACAUUCACGCAUAAGUCCGCAAACGCUUUCUACUCUGCGUCUUUAGAUGGCACGGUGCGUUUGUGGGAUGUUCGAUGUCCCGGGAAAGAAUCGGAUCAGAUUUUUAGGAGCGAUCCGAAUCAUAGUUUUUCCAGUUUUGAUUUGAGCUGUGACGAUUCCCUUUUGUGUGCUGGAACGGAGCAGAUAAACAACGAGGAUAGUUUUCUGGUGUUUUGGGACGUGAGGAAACCCGGAGGAGCUUUGUUAGGGGUCUACUCCGAGUCACACUCUGAUGACAUCACACAGGUGCUCUUCCAUCCCACAGACAAGGACAGGUUGGCUUCAGGCUCCACAGACGGUUUGGUGAACGUGUUUGACCUGACGAAAGGCGCCGAGGAGGAUGCUCUGGUAGCCACGUGUAACAGCGAAUCGUCCGUGAGCGCCCUCUGCUGGCUGGGGCGAGGGCGGGGGCGACGGGAGCAGACUCGGCUCCUCUGCGUCUCUCACGAUGAAGGACUGAAACUGUGGGACCUGGAGAGCCUGGAGACAGAGGGAGAGCUGACGGUCUACAGCACCCAGGACGCACGCACCACCAUCGGACACAACGGCACCGCUGGCUCUGCAGUGGACUACCUGAUUGGAGGUUGCUGGUUGGAUUCCGAAGGGCAGCUGUUGGUGGUGGGGGGUAGCAGUGGAGGAGACAUUCACCUGUUCACCUGCGAUAAACCGGGUCUAAACCUGGUGCGGACACUGAGGGCCGGGCACAAAGCCACCGUGAGGAGUUUCGGGUUCGAUUCCCAAAGUGUGAGUCUGUUCACGGGAGGAGAGGACGGAGCGCUGCUGCGGUGGAGCCCAGAGGAGAGGAGCGCAGGAGUUGCAGAGGCAGAGGUUGGGAGCAGCCGACAGGAGCAGAACCGACAGGAGCAAAGGAAACCUGAAUCCUUAAAGAGUGAUUCUGUAAUGAGACUUAAGUCCAGACCUCACAAGAAACACAAGUUCAACAGAGACAAGAAACCCACGUGACACGAACUGUACUAUUUUUUAUUUUAGCAAAAUAAUUUAUCAAACAAUGAAAUUUUCUCCAGUUUAUAUUCUACAUGCUUGAAAUGCCAAAUAUUUUUCUUCCUUGGCAACCAUAAAAUUUUCUAUGCACAUAAAUUGGAGUUAUUCUACUGGUUUGAUCAUACAGUUUACUACAAAAAAAAAAAAGUGAAAGACCUGAAGAAUGGAAAGAAAAAGCCCAUCGCAUGAAAUACUGAAAUACCCAGUUGUGUCAAAAACUUUUAAUAAACAUAGAAACAAGAAAUGCUCAAAUCUGUUUUUUAAAAAUAAUUUAUAAUGCAUAAGGGUGACAAAACUAAAAUUCAAAACUAUCAAAACUAUAUUCAUUUGAACAAGUAUCGAUACUAGUAUUUAAAAAUAGACAGAUCUUUCCUGAAUAGUUUGCCUAGAAUCUAAAAAAGAACAAGAACAUGACCACAUAAUAAAGAAACUAUUAUAUGGUAUUGUAUUAAAAAUUACAUCCUAUUUUAGAAACUUUAAAUUUCUUAUCAUUGUGUUAUCAGUUAUCUUUUUUUUUUGUUGGAAAUUUUGGUACUGACACUAUUAUCUAAAUAGACUUGUAAAAUCCUGCUACAGCCCAUCACUUUUGAUCAACAAGAGACUAGUGUUGCCAUGAUACUAAAAUUUCAAACUCGAUUUCAGUACUAAAGAAUCAACUGAAUACUCAAUACUGACAAUAGAAUGGCAUUUCAGCAUUAAAUGGUAGUAUUUUCUUUUCUAUUCCCAUGUGGUCUUAUAUGUGUGUAAUCCCUCAGUGGUCCAGGUAGAUUCCAUAGUCAUCCAUGAGUGUACACUAGUCUGUGUGCUCUUAUACUUGUUCUGAUACAGCUCAAGAUCAUUUUAAAACUAUUCAGGAAAGCUUCAAUUUUGUCUUGUGAAUGGGAUCGUUUAGUAUCGAUAUCUGCUCAAAUGAAUGUCUAAUUUCAAUAAUAGUUUUAGUAAUGAUUAGUAUCUGAUUUUACUUACUUUACUUAUACUUUUUAUAACUCUACAAAAGGCUGCAGAGUAAUAGAUGCACUUGUUUGCUUUCAGCCUAUAAUUGGUUCAGUUGGUAGAGCGUUCGCCCACUCCUUUGGCUGAAUCCCUGGUCUGACUUGCUUUCAAUGAGUAACUUUUUGCGUGUGAGUAUUCCUUGAUAUAAGCCAUAGCGACAUGAAGGUCAGACCAAGGUAGAAGCUUUAUAAAUAAAUGUGACAUUUAUUUUGAAUUUUCCAGUCAUUCUCAUCCCAUAAUUUUCCACAUCUGACCAGUACAUUGAAGUUUAAAGUGUAAGAUUUUUUGUAUAAUAUGUUCAUUAUAAUUCAAAACUAUAUAGAUCUCUCUCUCUCCCUUUUUGCCCUCUCACAGUCACAACCUGUUAUGUCGCUGUUACAUAACCAUCUGCCUGUCUUUCCCGAGCGCUCCCUUCACCUUUCCCCGGGAUCCCCUCUCCCUCCUCGGGCAGCUGUGGAGCCAACUCCCGGUGCUUUUAAGGUCCAAAGCAGGCCCCGGGCAGAGCUCUGGUUUAGCCUCAUUAACAGAGCCUGAAACUGGGACACUCUUUGCGAUUUUACCCCGAUCUCUCGCUCCUCUCCACCAACCUCAGGAGCGCCGUUUUGACGUCGCUGAUUGACGUUUUUCUUCGGCCAAUCACAGCAGCGCCGGUUGUGACAAAAUGUGUAUCCCGAUAAAACUAUGCUCUCCUGACUGAUUUAAUGAAAAGUGAAAAAUAAAGAUAACUGUGUGCAAAAGGAGAUGGUCAGAUGGGGCAGAGGAGUUAAUUUCUGUGAAACUGGCAUAUUUGCAGUAAUCUUAUCUACACUAUAUAAUUACAAAUGUUCAUUAAAGAUUCCCUAUGCAAUAUUUAUUGGAGAUGUUACAGCUUUGCCUGACAUGUUCCACAGUAUUCCACAGACAUUAUCUAUUUCCAUAAGGAGAGGCAGGUAAACCCAACCAAGCAAAUGUGCAGGUCAGAUUUAUGGCGAGGCAAGCCUGUAGAAUGAAUUACAAUUCAAUUUUGAUUAAAUAAAUAAAUUUAAAAAAAACACUUGUAAUUGAAUUUAAUGCAAAGUAGAAAGGUUUAAUGCCACAUUGUUGGACUUUACAGGCAAAGAAAUAACAUCUCUAUGGAGCAGAGCAGGUGGUGCAACCAUCACCAGAAAAGUUUCACAGUGCAACUUUGUCCUUAAAAACUGUAUUUUUUGUAUUCACUGUGAAACCUCUAACGGAAUGAGACUUAACAUACAUAGCAAACUUAAAAUAUGAUUGUGCAAUUCAAUGUCUAUAACUGUAUAUAACUAGUACUAGUAGUAUGAACAAAGUGCCUUAAUAUUGUCUGAGCAAACCCUGGUAGGCAAAGCGGUUUCUGUUUUUAAAUGCUUACCUAUCCAUAAAAUAAGGAAAUGGGGAGUAAUAAAAUAAUUUUGAUCUCUUGACCUCUUACCAAAUUUAAAUCUUUAUUU